AUAUCCAUACAUGGUGAAAGAAUAAAAAACAUACCUCGUACACACAGCUGCCUCAGACUUUUUACAGUUGUUAUCAGAAGAAUGGUUAAUCUAAAUUUAUUUGUUAGCUCGACUACAAAAUUAUUAAACAAUUAUGGAUUGGCAAGAUGUUACUUCACAAGUCUCAAAAGAGGAUAUAGCGUCUUCCCACCUUAUUAUAUUUCACCAGUAUAUAAAAAAGAAGAUCAAGAUAUUCUUUUUCAAAGCGAUGAAGCAAAGAAGAUUAUGCAUGAGCAAGUGAAACCAGCAUUAGCCACUGACACAUGCUCCGAAUUUUAUAAUGAAAGAGUGCUGAAAUUUAUUAAUACUCUUAUGAAAAAUGGAAAUAAGAAAUUAUCAUCAAUAUUGGUACAUAAAACAUUCGAAGGUGUCAAAAGAAUACAGCUGGAGCGUUAUCAUAAAGCAACGACAAGCGAAGCAAAAGCUGAAAUUGAAUUAGAUCCAUUUGUGGUUUUCAAUCGUGCUGUUGAUAAUUGUAUACCGAUUUUACAAUUAAAAAAUUUUAGAAAAGGAGGAAUCACAUAUAAGGUUCCUAUUCCAAUUUCAUCUCUAAAGGCACAGCAUAGGUCCAUGUUAUGGUUAAUUCAAGCUGCAAAUGAGAAAGACUCCAAAUUGAGAUUUUAUGAUGUAUUAGCCAAAGAAUUAGUAGCAGCUUCUCAGAAUCAGGGUCGUGCGGUUAAAUGGAAGCAAGAAUUACACCAGCAAUGCCAAGCUAAUCGGGUUUAUGCACACUUCAGAUGGAUGUAGAUUGUAGAUAAUAGUGAAUUCAAUCACUUGUACAAGACUAGUUGACAUCAAGGCUCAGACACAAUGGGAAAAAAAAGAAAUAAGAAGAAAUAACGGGAGAAAAAAGAAAUAACAGAUUUCAAUAUAUCAGAAACUUGUAUUCUGAUUUCUAAUUAAAAUUUGUUAUUCUUUA